UCCUUUUGAGAUUUGGCAACACUGAGGCAUAAUGUGAUUUAAAAACAACCAAAAUAUUUAUAAAUAUAAAAUAUACACAUUAGAAAGAUGAAAUAAACAAGGCGUGUUGUGUCUGUGAAUAAUAAUGAUAUUAUUCAAAGGGAUGCGAAGGGUGCCAACCCAAUUCAAAACACCUGUCGAAUUGGUGCUCAUCCGGUACUCCACGGCAGCGAAUAUUUCAACUCAUGAUGACAGCAGAAACCUCAGCCCGUUACAGCCAACGGUCCCCGUUGGGAACAUACAAAGCCCCCAUUUGCCUGAAACCCCGGUUUCGUGGGUGCCAAGCCCAUAUGUUUUGCCCGGAAAAACAUUAAGCCAGUACAAGAAGCUGUCCAAGUUUCGCCUAACCUCUCUUGUGGUCAUCACUACAAUGGGAGGCUAUGCCAUGGCCCCGGCUGCCUUCGAUCCCACCUCUUUUGCCAUGUGCACAUUGGGAACCGGUCUCGUUUCAGCAGCGGCCAACGCCAUAAAUCAGUAUCAUGAAGUUCCCUUUGACUCCCAAAUGUCAAGGACAAAGAACAGAGUGCUCGUCACUGGACAAAUGACUCCUCUUCAUGCUGUCACCUUCGCCCUUGUAUCAGCCACAACUGGCUUGAGCAUGUUAUAUUUUGGCACAAAUGGAUUGACGGCGGCGCUAGGAGCGGGAAACCUCUUCCUCUACACAACGAUUUACACACCAAUGAAGCGAAUCAGCAUCGUCAACACUUGGGUGGGGUCUGUCGUGGGAGCCAUUCCGCCCCUGAUGGGCUGGGCAGGAUGUGCCGGCACUCUGGACGCAGGUGCGAUGAUACUGGCGGGCAUUCUGUAUGCCUGGCAGUUCCCGCACUUUAAUGCACUCUCGUGGAACCUCCGACCAGAUUACUCUCGCGCCGGGUAUCGAAUGAUGGCCGUAACAAAUCCAGGUCUCUGUCGGCGCACUGCCUUGCGAUAUUCGGUAGCCAUUGUAGGCUUAUCGGUAUUGGCACCAGUCCUUGACGUCACGAACUAUUGGUUUGCAUUGGAAACUUUACCCUUGAACGCAUACUUUGCAUACCUCGCGUACAAAUUUCAUGAAAAGUCUGAUAGUGGAAGUUCGCGAAAGCUUUUCAGAUUUUCUCUGUUGCACCUGCCCGUUUUGAUGUUGCUCUUCUUGGCCAACAAAAAGGAAUGGUAUUUCAGUAAGCCCGCCGGAGAAGAGGCAAAGGCAAAAGAUUCCAGCUUACUUACAAUAAAGCAGUCAGCGAGUAGUCUAGGAAACGUUUUGCCUGUUGCCGUUGCCGAAGAAUCCAGAUAGUACUUGUACACCUUUUUGUCGAUAAGAAAAAAAGUUAUGAAGUUAUGUUAAGCUAAAACAAUUGAAGUGUUUGUAUGUAUAUUAAUAGUCAAAUAAUGUUGAAAAACAUUUACCUCUGUAUGGAUAUUGUACACUUCAAAUAAACGGCGAUCACAUUCUUGACAAA